CAAGCCUCGCCUUUCGCUGGCGGAGAGACGCGCGGUGCGCCCCGCGCCCCCCUCGCCCCCUAAGCCGCCGCCGCCGGAGCCCGAGGGGCGCGCGAGGCCCCGCGCACUCCGCGCCACAGGCGGGCUCAGGGCGGGCGCCGGGGCGGGCGCGCCCCCGAGGUUUGAAUGUUAGGAUCGGGAUCGCCGGCGACGGCGGCGAGCAGAUCCUGAAGCCAGAGCUCCUCCUGGGCCCCCGCGCCCGCGCCAUGAGGCGGGAGAGGUGCGGCGCCCCCCUCCCGCAUCUCCGCCAUGGAGGUGCUGCGGCGCUCUUCGGUUUUUGCCGCCGAGAUCAUGGACGCCUUUGACCGCUCGCCCACCGACAAGGAGCUGGUGGCCCAAGCGAAGGCGCUGGGCCGGGAGUUCGUGCACGCCCGGCUCCUGCGCGCCGGCCUCUCCUGGAGCGCUCCCGAGCGCGCCGCGCUCGCCCCGGGCGGCCGCCUGGCGGAGGUGUGCGCGGUGCUGCUGCGCCUGGGGGACGAGCUGGAGCUGAUUCGGCCCAGCAUCUACCGCAACGUGGCGCGCCAGCUGAACAUCUCCCUGCACUCCGAGAGCAUGGUGACUGACGCCUUCCUGGCUGUAGCGGCCCAGAUCUUCGCUGCAGGGAGUUCAUACCAUGUAACGUGCAAGCGUUCUUCUCUGGGUGGUUCUUCUCAACUCUGCCCCUCCCCCCCCACACAGCUUGGGGGUCGGGGAAAGCCUUCCUCCCAUGGAACACCCCGCUGCCCCACAGAGGGGUGCUCAGGGGGACAGACAGGCAUCACGUGGGGCAAGGUGGUGUCCCUGUACUUGGUGGCCGCGGGGCUGGCUGUGGACUGUGUGCGGCAGGCCCAGCCCGCCAUGGUUCAUGCUCUCGUCGAUUGCCUCGGGGAGUUUGUGCGCAAGACCCUGGCAACCUGGCUGCGGAGGCGCGGUGGAUGGACCGACGUCCUCAAGUGUGUGGUCAGCAGCAACCCUGGCUUCCACUCCCAUUGGCUUGUGACCGCGCUCUGCAGCUUCGGCCGCUUCCUGAAGGCCACCUUCUUUGUGCUGUUGCCAGAAAGAUGAACCUGGACCCGGGAGGCUCUGGGCCAGGCGCUGCCCUCCUCCCGCACAGCCCCUCCUCCCGCUGAGCUCCUCCUCUGUACACCAGACCCUGGGGACGUGGGGACGCAGGCUCCCCUGGGCCUGGAGCUGGCCGCCAGUGCCCACCCGUGGCCCUGCUCCCUGUGCCUCUUCUGGAGCCAGAGGUCAGGGUGACCUCCCGGGCCCAAAAGGAAGGCAGCUGGGAACACCAAACUCUCACUUGACUCCAGGGCCCCGUCCACGAAGGGUGGCCAUGUCAGGACGUUUGACCCGAAGGUGACUCGGGCCCGGCCACGGCCAGAGGAGCCGUGGGAUCUUACCGACCCCACAGAGCAUAAGGCUCCUGUGCUGAGGCUUAAUCCGCUCCUGGAGGGAGAGGGUUCCCGCCUGUGGCAGGAACCAGGCUUGGGCCCCCGGCCGACACACCUGUGAAUGCACCAACUCCUGACCUACGAGGACGGGGUGUGUGUUCGAUUUCAAUAAAGCGUCACAGCAGGGAAGGCGA